GCUGCUCUUUAUAAAUAAUUGUAAUCUUUUCUGGGAGCGACCUAGGCUCUUCCGUGCUAAUGGCCUGCACCCCAGCAGAAUCAGAGCUGAUCUUCUGUCAGAGAACAUCUCCAAGAUGCUUCGCACCGUAUAACUAGUCUCUGUAUAAAGCUGGCCAGUUUUUCGUCAGUAUGUAUCCAAGCAUCGUGUGUGUCAGACAAUCUUCGAUCUCAAACAAGCUAUUUCAUUCACACCACGGUUGUUAUCAGGACGCUCGAGUGUUUUACUGUGAAGAUGGCCGCUUUAUUCAACAGAUCUCUACGCUUCAGGUGAUGUGGACAAUGCGUAUGGAAAUCUUUAUGAUCUUGUUGAACAAAUUCAAUUUCUCAAUCAAGCGAGCGGAGGGCCGAAAAACGGACUCAGAUCUGCAACAAAUCAGCCGCCUUCGCGAGGGAAUACGAACAAUCCGGACAACGAACAACUCACCUGGGAGAUCCUAAACCUGAAACUAGCUCCUCGACAAAUCAGCCGUCUUUCUGAGGCAGCGCGAACAAUCCGGUGCUGGGAGAUCCUAAACCUGAAACUAGCUCCUCGACAAAAAGGCCGUCUUUCCGAGGCAGCACGAACAAUCCGGAGCUGGGUGAGUGUUUGUAAACCAUACGCCACAUAAAAUGCCUUUGGUGGAUUUACAUUCUGCCUGAACAAUGCGUGUUUGCUCUUAUAUCUAGACACUUGUAUGUUGUUUAGCGAUGGUGUAAAUGUAUAAUGUGCUUUUUUUUCAAAUUUGUUCAAAUUUGUUGAACGAAUCCUGAGAGUACAUCAUCAAAACGUGUGUGCAUCCAGCCACUCAACUUGUAAAAAGUAUCGAUACGCCGCAGUGUGGGGGUGAUACAGAGAAACCUGGCUGCAGUGGGACAACGUCGAAAAACCGCCUCAAACGUUAAAAACACAGUGGGUAACCGGACAAAAGCAAAACCUCCGGUUGAUUGUGAGAGAGACACCGACUGUAUUCCACAGACGCCGGAUCGUAAGAGACCAAGACAAUCAUUUGGAGUAAUAGUUGAUGUGAACACUGAUGACAAUGUGGUCCCAGAUAUAUAUGAUGUCCAGAACUGGGGUGAUGGUCUGUUAGAAUCAUGGGAUGCCUGUGAAUUCACUGUGUUACCUAAAGAAACGCAACCGUUUGUUCCAUCUGAUGAAAACGUGGCAGUCGUGGCGGAAUCAGACCCUGAGGAACUACCUUCAAAUCAGGAGGCUUUCAUACGGGAGUCACAUCUGAAUAUAGACACUCAAUUCAUAACCACCCUUAUACAGGAUACAGUCAAGGCUGUAUUGCUUACCUUGGAGGAGCAGCGUACAAAAAUUAUACAGGACACCGUCAAGUCUGUAUUGCUUGCCUUGGAGGAACAGCGCACGAAAAUUAUACAGGACACAAUCAGGACUGAACUUUGUGCUUUAGAAAGACACUUUACAGCCCUUUCACAGCAACAACAACAGCAAGGUAAUUGGAUUAAACAAUCCAUAGCAGAGCAUCGUUUAAACAAUGGCGUGGUCCGUCAAGUGGCGCGUGAUUUUUUUUAAAUAAAUAAAAAAGAAAAUUGUUUAAAAUGGCAAAACGUUGUCGGGAGCCAGAUGAUUGUGGUCGAGGUGUGGUAGGGCGGUUUAGACGAGACGAUGGUCGUAUGGACCCCGUCGAACUGUACCCCGUCGAACUGUACUAUAACACAGAUGCUUUGCAUUAUUUAUUUUGGGCUAUUGAGGAAGAGGCUAAUAGACCUGUAUAUACAACAGAUAGGUUGCAAGGGUUAUUAAACUACACAACACCACAUAGAGAAUAAGAACCAGAUGGUAAUUUUGAACAAUUUGAAAACUUCCUGCGCACUGGUGGGUUGUCAGAAACACCCCCACAACAAUUUGUACCAGAACCAAAUUCUGAUCUUGCACAAUUUGAACAAAAUGACCCAGAUAUUGGAUUUGAACAAACUGAUCCAGAACCAAAUUCUGAUCUUGCACAAUUUGAUCAAAAUGACCCAGAUGUUGAAAUUGCACAAUUUCCACACCAGUCAGGUGGUAACACUGGUACCCAGUCACAACGCACUCUCAAUCUUGACGCGCCAAACAUGGGUCUAUCACAUGACGUUAUACAAACUUUGAUAAGAGAGGGUGGUAAUGUAGAUGGGUACAAUGUGCUACCGUGCAGACGCUUCAAUGGUUUGGAGAUCCAUAGACUACUAAAUCUGAGGGAGAUAUCUUCUACAGAUUUAGCAGACUACACUGUGUUUUUACACAACACACUUGGUGAAAUAAUGGCAUUUUCCAGAUUAUUAGGCGGUGGUGAUAGUUUAAUCAACAUCACCUUGGGUGGCCCAAGCCUGACAUCAGAUGUCAACACAGUCGUGGCUGGUAAUGAUGAUAAUGCAAUAGAUUUAUUUAUAAAUCAGUUUGAAAAAAUAAUGCAAAGCAAUGCUAACGUGCAGUUCGAUGAGAGGAUGAAUUUAAAAGUGUCGAUAGCAAGAAGUAAACACGGCGGCGUUUAUAGAAAGGUGCGUGAUCUAGCACAUAAUGAGGUGAUUGGUAAAAACAGACUCAAUCUGUUUUGUCCCACAAAUAUUUCUAACAAUCUUUGUUUCGCAAUCUGUUUGGGUCAUUUCUUAAACCCCCAGAAACCACACAUGGAGCUUGAGCCAGUAGCGUCAACGAUACAAAACUCGGCCGGAUAUGCUGAUCAUCACAAGAUCGCUCUGAAAGAUAUUGUGCAGUUUGAACGCUUGUUGAAUAUUAAAAUAGUGGUGUUCUACAGGUCAGACACAGGGGAUUUGGUGAAGUAUGCAAACACUGAUGAUCCACAUCCUAAAACAGUGUUUUUGUACCUGCAUGACAGUCAUUAUUUUAUGAUAAAAAAAUCUGCGUGCGUUUAUUGGUACACCGUACGUGUGAUUUUUGCUACAAGGGUUUCACGUGUAGAAGAGAUCACAGAUGUCAGUACGUUUGUGAUGUCUGUAAUGCACCCGAUUGUCACAAGUACCCCAAAAAACCAAAACAUUGCGCCGACUGUCUACGGUAUUGCAAAUCAGACUAUUGUUUUGACAUGCAUAAAAAAACACCUGCAGGCAUGCAACAUGCACAGUGCGACGUUAACAAAUAUUGCCGAAAAUGUAAUAGGCGUUAUCACGUCAGUGGCACAAACCCCAAACCCCAUAAUUGCACUGCAGAUCGUUGCACUCACUGUGGUGAGAGUUUUGUCACUGUUGGUGAACAUCAAUGCUUUAUUCAACCACUUAAACCGGAGAAACCGAAUGAUCGUUACAUCUUUUAUGAUUUCGAGACGCGUUAUCAAAAUAAUCAGCACACACCCGAUUUUGUGUGUGCUAUCACGUUUGAUGGUGAGGAGUUUGUGGCUGAAUGGCCCGAUUGUGUGGAUCGUUUCAUUAAAAAGUUUAGAUGCCCUCGUUAUAGUAAUUACACAUGGAUUGCGCAUAAUGCAUCAGGCUUUGACAAUUUUAUUCUUUUGGAAUACUUCACUAGAAUGGGGAUUGCGCCGAAAAUUACAAUGCGAGGUUGUCGUCUAAUCUUGAUGUUUGAUGAGGCAUACAAGCAGCGGUUUAUCGACAGCUACUCUUUCAUACCAAUGCGCUUGGCAAAGACACCUGCUGCAUUUAAUCUGACUAAUGCUGAGAAGGGCUAUUUCCCACACCACUUUAACCGUGUUGAAAAUGACAAUUACGUAGGCCCUUACCCCGACAAGGAAUUUUAUGGAUACGCAACAAUGUCGAAUCAGGAGAGGGUAACGUUUGAUGAGUGGUACAAUACUGUGUCUGACAAAAUGUUUGAUUUUAAAAAAGAAUUGUCAAUCUAUGGUAAAAACGAUGUUGUUUUGCUCAGGGAGGCUUGCAUGAAGUACCGCGAAGAAUUCAUUCUGUGCACGGGCUUAGAUCCUUUUAAUUACACAACAUUGGUGUCGACAUGUAUGGCUGUGUAUAAGACACAUUACAUUCCAAAAGACACGGUAGCUCUGACCCGAAAUGAUGCGUAUACCAAUCAGAACAAGACGUAUUCAAAUGUCUCAAUUGAAUGGCUUGAAUACAUCCAAAAAUCACGUUCCAUAGAUAUCCAACACGCGCUAAAUGGUGGUGAAGUUUCAAUUGGAAAAUACUAUGUGGACGGAUUCCAUGAUGAUGGCACCACGAAAAAAGCAUUCGAAUUUCUCGGUUGUUUUUUUCAUGGAUGCGAACGCUGUCAUAACCCCACCGAUAUAAACCCUUUGACAAAAUUGCCUUAUUCCGUACUCCGAAGGCAGUGUGACGACAAGUUUGAAAUUUUAGAGUGUGCAUACAAUCUUCAGACCAAGCGGAUUUGGCAGUGUGAAUGGGAGUUCGUUAAACAGACUGAUGACGCUGUUAUAGAAUUCAUGUCCACAUACAACCACCCUGAAAGAUUGAAACCCUGCGAUGCACUGUAUGGCGGUCGAACAAAUGCGUUAAAGCUAUACCACAAAGCUGCAGAUGGCGAAUUUAUUCGUUAUUUUGAUUUUACGUCUUUAUAUCCCUAUGUGCAGGCACGAAAAAGGUCAUCCACAAAUAAUCCACAAGGAUUUUCAAAACCUUGAAGAUUAUUAUGGGCUAAUAAAAGCUACCGUCAUCCCACCGAGAAAAUUGCUUCACCCCGUACUACCGUUCAGAAGCUCGGGAAAGCUCCUUUUUCCUCUCUGUAGAACGUGUGCUGAACAGCAGAACCAGACUCAGCCGUGUGUACACAGUGAUGAAGAAAGAGCCAUUCACGGGUACUGGGUUAGUAUCGAGCUUUUAAAAGCUGUCGAGAAGGGGUAUGUGGUGUCUCAAAUUCAAGAGGUCUGGCAUUUUCCGCAACGAUCUGACACGUUAUUUUGCGAUUAUGUUAAGACAUUUUUACAGUUCAAACAGGAGAGUUCAGGGUAUCCAAAAGACGUCGUGACCGAUGCAGACAAGGAGUCUUACAUCAGAGACUACUUUGAGAAAGAAGACGUUAAAUUGAAUCCGGACAAAAUUGUGUUUAAAGCGGCACGCAGAUCAAUAAUGAAGCUCCUGCGGAACUCGCUUUGGGGUCGCUUCUCAAUGAAAGAAUCUCUACCGACAUCUGAAUUAAUUACUGACCCUGAACAGUUUGCCCGACACAUUUUUAACACAGAAUAUGACAUCAAACAUUUAUCAUUUGUGUCAGACACUGUUGCACUUGUUCAGUGGGCUUACGCAGAUGGGAAAGGAUGUCAGACCCGUGACAUCAAUGUCUUUCCUGGCGCUUUUACAACAGCCCAUGUGUGGUUAGAACUUUAUGAUCUUAUGGAUAGGCUGGGUGAUAGGGUGCUUUAUUGGGAUACUGAUUCUGUGAUAUUCACAUCUAAAGAUGGUGAAUAUGAACCCCCGCUAGGGCCGUACCUUGGCAAUCUCACCGACGAGGUUGGCGAUGACGAUCACAUAGUGGAAUUCUGUUCAAGCGGCCCGAAAAGUUAUGGAUAUCGCACGGCUAAGGGUAAGGUGUGUAUGAAAGCCAAAGGCAUCACACUAAACGCUGUAAACUCUGAGUUCAUUAGGCUAGACUCUUUGAUCGGCCUUGUCGAACAGUAUGUUCGGGGGGUGGGGCGUGAUAACUAUAUUCUUGCACAAGCUGAUGGUAUCGUAAGGAACAAAAAGAAAUUCACUCUUCAAAACAAGUCAGUUGGAAAGAAAUUCAAGGUAGUUUACAACAAACGCGUUCUGUGUCCAGACUUCACCACUCUACCAUAUGGCUACUGACAAUGUUUUUGCUCACCAUGGUGUACGAGACACAGAUGGUUUUGAUUUCAGAUUACAAUUUCCAUUUGCUUGUGUAUUAUGUGGACCUUCCAACUCUGGCAAAACGUUUUUUGUAAAAAUGUUAUUAGAAAAUGCUAACAGUGUGAUUUCUAAAAAGAUUGAGAACAUUGUGAUAAUAUACGACUGUUGGCAGCCAUUGUAAGAUGAAUUAUCAAAAUUGUAUGAUAUCAGAUUUAUUGAAGGAAUACCACAGAGCUUGAACGAUGAUCAACUGUUUCCUCCCAAUAAAGCUUCCCUUUUAAUCCUU